AGCGAACUGGAGCAACGGCAAGACGGCAAUAGUAGCGCUCAGAGCUUAUAAGCUGCAGAGCACGAUUACACUGGGAGAGAGAGCGAACGAGAGAACAAAAGCUAGCAAAAGCAAAACAAGAGAGUGAGCGAAAGAGAGAGUAUGUGUGCCCAAGCGUCAACGCGCCAACGUGAGGCAGCUAGACAGAGAGAGGGAGAGCCAGAGAGAGCGCAGCCAUUUGGGUACGCUGUAAUUUAGCUAGGCCCGCACAGAAUUUUUCGGUCGCACACAUCGUGCUCAGUGCUCAACUUGACGUCGUGCUGUGAAAAAGUCGAAAAGCCGGAAGUUGAGCAAUUCUGUGACAGCGCUCAUCCACCCACCGCUCUCGCCAGCUGCUCGAGCAUUAGGCUGCCGCAAACACUACGUAUGCGGAAUUGCCGCCGGUUGUAAAACAAACGGUGCAAACAGUUUUGCAUAAUAUGUACAGCAAAUACAAACAGCAAACAAAGGCGACUGCCCAAGAAUUAGUGUAUGAAUCUAAUCAACAAUUCAGUGUUUUCAUAAAAAAUUAAAAAAAAAAAGCAAACGGAAGAAACCAUAAACAAAUGCUUGUCAAGUGCAGUGCAAAGCGAUUUGUCGCAUUUUUCUAAUUCACAUUCACCCGCGUCGUUUGUGUUAUCAGCCUGUGAACAACAACAGCAGCAACAAGAACGGAGACGAGCAGCACAAAAGCACUAGCAAACAAAAGGAAAACAACGACAACAAAAACAAAAACAAAUGCUUGCAUUCGCGGCGAAAUGUAACUGCAUUUCAAAAUUGUCGCCAACGCCGCUGUCGACGCACAUGUGUAUGCGUGCAUGUGUAUGUGUGUUUAUAGAUUAUGAUCUCAAAUUGGCUUAAGUGAAAUCAAGUUGACAGCACGUGGUCGCAAAUCAAACAGAAAUGAACUGUUAAAUGGCUGCCGAGGCUUGUUUGUGCGUCAAUAUUUAAAGCCGGCAAUAGAAGGACUGAGGCGACGGCUCCCGGGACUGAGGCGAACGUGCAUGAACCGAGAUCUAGAGGCUAAUGUAACGAACACAGCCACAAGGGCUGAAGAUGACACAAAGCCAUUUGCCGGGCACAGUUUGAGUUGGUCUCGUCAUCAAUUACCCCUUCCCGGCGCUGUCCCAUUAAGGUCGUGUAGCCAGCCAAACAGCCGCGGAGGCAACAAUAGGCAACAGGCGACGGCAACAGGUCGUCAAGGAACUCAACCAGCCUCAACCAGCCUCAACCAGCCCACUCAGCCAUAUAAGUGGGCAGCUACGUGACUUUGUCAGCCCACGCAGCUGGAGCCGCAGUCAAGCGUUUAGCUGAAGAGCAUCGCCCACUCAGUGAGGCUAGGCUGGGCCCGAUUCACCUGAUGUGGGAGCAUCAGGUGUACUGAAUGUAUGCUAGCGACUUGGUAACCAUUGCCGCUGCUGCCGUUGACACGAUAACUAACAAUCAUGACCGAUGUAUCAGCUACCACGGGCAGGGCCGGCGAUCGAGUCAGCUCCACAAGCUCCGAGGUGGCUGUGGAGACAACAUCUCAAGCUCUAACCAAUGGUGCCGCAAAGGAACCACUGGCAGCAGUAACAGCAGAAGCAACAGCAACAGCAACAGUCACAGCAACAACAACAGCAACAGUCACAGCAACAACAACUGCUGCAACAGCAACAAUGGCAACUGCAGUCAUAAGCAAGCAAGCAAAGUCCGAAUGCCAUUCACAAAGCAACAACAAUCAGCAUGUGGAAACAGCUCCGUCAAAACAAUCCAGCGACAGUGAAGCGAGUGCGCCUACGACUGUGUCUAUUCCAUCAGCAAAUGCCAAAAUCAACAGCAGCAGCAGCGGUAAGACAACAGCCACACAGCAAGAUGUGGACGAGGUGGCUCGCCUGUUCGAAGAGAAGCCCGAGGCCUUUGAGAAAUGGCUAACGGAACGUGCACCGCCCGAGGCGCUGAGCCGCCUGCACGAGUUCAUUGAGAGCCGCAAGCCGCACAAGCGGCCCUCGGUCACAUCGGAUUUGUUUCAGCAAUGGAUGGCCUCGCCCACCGUGCAGCAGAAGUCGCCGCGCAAGUUAUCCAAUUCAUCGGUGCAUGCACUGCCCGAGAGUCGACGCCAUUUGAUGGAAUUGGAUGAGGGCGAACUCUUCAUGGAGCUGAUACGUGACGUGGCCAACGAGCUGGACAUUGAUGUGCUGUGCCAUAAGAUAUUGGUGAACGUGGGCCUGCUAACCCAUGCGGAUCGUGGAUCUCUCUUUCUGGCCAAGGGCACGCCAAACAACAGGUACCUGGUGGCCAAGCUCUUUGACGUCACACAAACGACAGCACUCAAGGAUGCAGUGACGCGGGCGCGAGCCGAGGAGAUCAUCAUACCGUUUGGCAUCGGCAUCGCUGGCAUGGUGGCCCAGACAAAGCAGAUGAUUAACAUCAAGGAGGCCUACAAGGAUGCUCGCUUCAAUUGCGAAAUCGAUUUGAAGACCGGCUACACAACCAACGCCAUACUCUGCAUGCCCAUUUGCAACUAUGAGGGCGACAUCAUAGGCGUGGCACAAAUCAUCAAUAAAACCAAUGGCUGCAUGGAGUUCGACGAACACGAUGUGGAAAUCUUUCGCAGAUAUUUGACAUUCUGCGGCAUUGGCAUACAGAAUGCCCAGUUGUUCGAGAUGUCCGUUCAGGAGUACCGGCGCAAUCAAAUCCUCUUGAAUCUGGCACGCAGCAUCUUCGAGGAGCAGAACAAUCUCGAGUGCCUUGUCACCAAAAUCAUGACGGAGGCCAGGGAGCUGCUCAAAUGCGAGCGCUGCUCCGUCUUUCUGGUGGAUCUCGAUUGCUGCGAGGAGAGCCAUUUGGAGAAGAUAAUCGAGAAGCCUCAUCAGCUCCAGCAGCAGCGCACCCCGCGUGCCAUUAUGAGUGGCGACAGCUUUGAGGAAAAGCAAAAUAUGCGCAAUCGCUUCACCGUGCUGUUCGAGCUGGGCGGGGAAAAUCAUGCGGCGAAUGUCUCCCGGCCCUCCAUCAACGAUCUGAGCCACUCGACGCUGGCGCAGAUUGCCCAAUUCGUGGCCACCACCGGGCAGACGGUGAACAUCUGCGACGUUCAGGAUUGGGUGAGGGAGCACAAUCAGAUACGCGCCGAGAGCGAGAUCGACAGCACACAAGCCAUACUCUGCAUGCCCAUUGUGAAUGCCCAGAAGACGGUCAUUGGCGUCGCCCAAUUGAUAAACAAGGCAAGCGGUUUGCCCUUUACCGAAUCGGAUGCAUCCAUAUUCGAGGCAUUCGCCAUAUUCUGCGGCCUGGGCAUACACAACACGCAGAUGUACGAGAACGCCUGCAAGCUGAUGGCCAAGCAGAAGGUGGCAUUGGAGUGCCUCAGCUAUCAUGCGACGGCCAGCCAGGAUCAGACAGAGAAACUCGCCCAGGACGUCAUUGCCGAGGCCGAAGCCUACAAUUUGUACAGCUUCACCUUUACGGACUUUGACCUGGUCGAUGACGACACCUGCCGUGCGGUGCUGCGCAUGUUUAUGCAAUGCAAUCUGGUCUCACAGUUCCACAUACCUUACGAUGUGCUCUGCCGCUGGGUGCUGAGCGUUCGCAAGAACUAUCGCCCAGUGAAGUACCACAAUUGGCGACACGCUCUAAAUGUUGCUCAGACAAUGUUCGCCAUGCUGAAGACGGGCAAAAUGGAGCGUUUUAUGACCGACCUAGAGAUACUGGGCCUGCUGGUGGCCUGCUUGUGCCACGAUCUGGAUCAUCGCGGCACCAACAAUGCAUUCCAAACCAAAACUGAGUCCCCACUGGCUAUACUCUACACCACCAGCACCAUGGAGCAUCAUCAUUUCGAUCAAUGUGUUAUGAUACUCAAUUCCGAGGGCAACAACAUAUUCCAGGCUCUGUCGCCCGAAGACUAUCGCUCCGUCAUGAAGACUGUCGAAAGCGCAAUACUCUCCACCGAUUUGGCAAUGUAUUUUAAGAAGCGCAACGCGUUUCUCGAGCUGGUCGAAAAUGGCGAAUUCGAUUGGCAGGGCGAGGAGAAGAAAGAUUUGCUGUGCGGUAUGAUGAUGACGGCCUGCGACGUGAGCGCCAUAGCAAAGCCGUGGGAAGUGCAGCAUCGCGUCGCCAAGCUAGUGGCAGAUGAGUUCUUCGAUCAAGGCGAUCUGGAGAAGCUGCAGCUGAAUACUCAGCCCGUGGCCAUGAUGGACAGGGAGCGCAAGGAUGAGCUGCCCAAAAUGCAGGUGGGCUUCAUAGAUGUCAUUUGUCUGCCGCUCUACCGAGUGCUGUGCGACACAUUCCCCUGGAUAACGCCGCUGUACGAAGGCACGCUGGAGAACAGACGCAACUGGCAGGACUUGGCGGAGAAAGUGGAGAUGGGGCUCACCUGGAUCGAUCACGACACGAUCGACAAACCGGUUGAAGAGUUUGCCGGCUGUGCCGAUGAGGAGAUCAAGGACAUUGAGUUCACAGUGACAACGCUCAACUGCAAUCAGCAUGGUGGCAGCGCCGGCGGUGGGGAGGACACCCACACACCGGAGCAUCAGCGCAGCAGCUCACGGCUGAGCAUUAAGAAGACAGGCGCCUUGGGCAAGGUGGUGCGGUCGAAGCUAUCGAAGACGCUCUACAACAGCAUGGACGGCUCGAAGCCAAAGACAUCGCUCAAACUGCUCGAGUCACAUGUCAGCGAGGACAUGGACGACAAGAGUCCGACCAGCCCAUCCCAGCCACAUUCCGGUAGCGUUGGCCGCAUGUCCGCCUCCUCGUCCACAUCGUCCGCUGGCACCGUCGACAAGAGCAAGAAACGCUCCAAGCUGUGCGCAUUAUUAUGACGAAAGCCGUCUAAUUAGAGUUUGGUGACCCCCUCCAAUGCGGCUGGCAGUGAGACUGACAAAAGCGGAGGGGGGCUGACCGAAAUCUAAUUGGCUGAACAGUUUGGCUGGACAGUGUGCAUAGCAACAAAAUGCCAGCCAUCAAUCCUACAAUUAUAAUCUCGAACGACAUUGUCUUAACUAACUAACUAACUAACCAAUUAACUAACUAACUAACGAUAGUAACUAACUAAUUAAUGUGUAGUGCAAGUUGAAUGAGAACAACUUUAGUUUACUCUACGUGUAUAUGCCUAUAAGUAGAGACCAAUAUACCCACACCCACACCGACACCCACACCGACACCCACAACCACACAUACCCAUACAGCAAAGAAUUGCAAUAUUAUACCUAAGUGAAUGUCAAAUCAUGUGAUCUAUUUAAGGUCCUAAAGGCCAAAGCGCAUGCGCAAUAAGCCUUUUGGUAUACUCUCUCUUUAUCUCUCUCUCUCUCCUCUUCCGCUCUUCUACUAUCUCUCUGUCUCUGUUUCUUAGCUUUGAAUCUGAACAAACCGUAACUCUAAGCUCUUAGAUGUUUGUACACCACACAAAGUCAAAUAUAUGUAUGUACUAUAUAGAUAAUCGAUACAAAUGUGUUAAGUAGUUCUCAUGCGUAAUCGAAACGUGCUAGUCAAACGUAUAAAAUACCAGAUAAAUAAAUAUAUAUAGA